AUGGAAGCGGCCGUCAACCCACCCCACGACAGCUCUCUGGUUGGGCUCUCCAGCGGCGCGAUGGAGCAGCACAGCAGCUCGGGGAAACGCAUCCGUAAGCCCUCGCUGCUGUACGAGGACUUCGAGAGCCCCUCCCUGCCCCACGCCCUGCCCCAGGCGCCCCCCGCCCCCCCGCAGCCCCCGGUGAAGGACCCCAGCCGCCAGGGCCGCAUGACCAACCAGCUGCAGUACCUGCAGAGGACCCUGCUCAAGUGCCUGUGGAGGCACCACUUCGCCUGGCCCUUCCACGAGCCCGUGGACGCCUACAGGCUCAACCUCCCGGAUUAUCACAAAAUCAUCAAGCAGCCGAUGGACAUGGGAACCAUAAAGAAGCGUUUGGAAAACAACUUCUACCGCAGUGCGAGCGAGUGCAUUCAGGACUUCAACACCAUGUUCACCAACUGCUACAUCUACAACAAGCCCACAGACGACAUCGUGUUGAUGGCCCAGUCCCUGGAGAAGAUCUUUCUGCAGAAAGUAGCCCAGAUGCCCCAGGAGGAGAUCGAGCUUCCUCCGCCAGCCCCCCGCAACAAAAACAGCCGAGGAAGAGGCCGCAAAUCCAGCACAUCCCGGGCUCAGCAGGUUCCCGCCGUGUCCCAGUCGGCCUACUCGCCCUCCUCCUCCGACACCGGGGACUCCAUGCUGGCCAACUCUCCCCAGACGGUCCUCACCAAAAGCCUGCCUCCCGCCACCAUCAUGGGCCUGCCCCCCACGCAGCCCACCACCAAGAAGAAAGGCGUGAAGCGUAAAGCGGACACCACCACCCCCUCCACCAUGGGCUUCUCCGUGGGCAUGUCGGGCGCCGCCCACCUGGUGGGGCUGGGCAAAGGGGGCCACGGGGGGCAGGUCCACGACCCCUCCAUGCACCCCCUCUCCUCCAUGGGCGGCCUGGGCCUGGACACCCCCCCGGGCCUGGGCCUGGUGCGGAGCCCCGGGGGCCCGGUCCUCCUCCAGCCCAUGAUGGCGGGCGGCGGUGGCGGGCGCCGGGUGGGCAGCGGGCGCCCCAUAAAACCCCCCAAAAAAGACCUCCCCGACGCGGUUCAGCCGCUGCCCUCCAAGAAGGGAAAGCUGAGCCCCCAGCUGAGGCACUGCAGCGGGCUGCUGAAGGACAUGCUCUCCAAGAAGCACGCCGCCUACGCCUGGCCCUUCUACACGCCCGUGGACGCCGCCGCCCUGGGUCUCCACGACUACCAUGACAUCAUCAAGUGCCCCAUGGACCUCAGCACCAUCAAGAGGAAGAUGGACUGUCGGGAGUACAGAGACGCCCAGCAGUUCGCCAGCGACGUCAGACUGAUGUUCUCCAACUGCUACAAGUACAACCCCCCCGAUCACGACGUGGUCGGGAUGGCACGGAAGCUACAAGACGUGUUUGAGUUCCGCUUUGCCAAGAUGCCAGACGAACCCCAGAUGGAGCACGCCGCCAUGUCCAUGGGCGGACACCCCUCCUCCUCUUCAUCCUCCUCUUCCUCCUCCUCCUCCUCCUCCUCUUCCUCCUCGGAGAGCGAGCCCAGCAGCGAGAGCGAGGACAGUCCCAGCACGCCCAGCUCCGACAGCGAGGAGGAGCGCGCCCACCGAUUGGCCGAGCUGCAGGACCAGGUGUGCACGCAGCUCCGGGCGGUGCACGAGCAGCUGGCGGCGCUCUCCCAGGGCCCCAUGGUCAAGCCCAAGAAGAAGAAGGAGAAGAAGGAAAAAAAGGAGAAGAAGAAAAAGAAGAAACUGGAGAAGCGCAGCCGGGCCGUCCGGAGCCGGGCCGGCUCCGAGGAGUGGAAGAUGCCCGGAAAGAUGCUGAAGAGCAAACCGGCCAAAGUGGGCGGGUCCCAGGCAAAGCGGAGCCAGGGCAAGAAGAGCAGCAAGGCCAGCAAGGCGGCCAAGAAGCCGUUCUACCCGGCGGCGCCCCCCCCCCCCCCGCUGCCCCCCCCCUACGCCUCUGAGGAGGAGGAGGAGAUCGUGCCCAUGACGUACGACGAGAAGCGGCAGCUCAGCCUGGACAUCAACAAGCUGCCGGGCGAGAAGCUGGGCCGCGUGGUGCACAUCAUCCAGUCCCGCGAGCCCUCGCUGCGGGACACCAACCCCGAGGAGAUCGAGAUCGACUUCGAGACCCUGAAGCCGUCCACCUUAAAGGAGCUGGAGCGCUACGUCAUGACCUGCCUGAGGAAGAAGCCCCGCAAGCCCUACGGAGAGCAAGUUACCCACAAUGCAUUGCAUGACGUGUUUGAGUUCCGCUUUGCCAAGAUGCCAGACGAACCCCAGAUGGAGCACGCCGCCAUGUCCAUGGGCGGACACCCCUCCUCCUCCUCAUCCUCCUCUUCCUCCUCCUCCUCCUCCUCCUCCUCCUCCUCGGAGAGCGAGCCCAGCAGCGAGAGCGAGGACAGUCCCAGCACGCCCAGCUCCGACAGCGAGGAGGAGCGCGCCCACCGAUUGGCCGAGCUGCAGGACCAGGUGUGCACGCAGCUCCGGGCGGUGCACGAGCAGCUGGCGGCGCUCUCCCAGGGCCCCAUGGUCAAGCCCAAGAAGAAGAAGGAGAAAAAGGAGAAAAAGGAGAAGAAGAAAAAGAAGAAGCUGGAGAAGCGCAGCCGGGCCGUCCGGAGCCGGGCCGGCUCCGAGGAGUGGAAGAUGCCCGGAAAGAUGCUGAAGAGCAAACCGGCCAAAGUGGGCGGGUCCCAGGCAAAGCGGAGCCAGGGAAAGAAGAGCAGCAAGGCCAGCAAGUGA